GUGGGGUAUCCCGUGACAAGGUAAUACUGGUCAUCGUGAACACAGCGCAGAACAGAACGGUACCAUACUUUGGGUGCCAGUCAGCGCGCAACAUUCAUUUUUAGUAGGGAAUUGGCUCUCGAACUGGAGCGCGGUCGCAACGACCGCAAGAGACACCUGUUGCGCCAUUAAGUAAGCCGGCAGCCACGAAACACGAACGCAAUAACGAUGCGCUCUAUUCGAAUGUGUUUGCGCGCCAAGUGACAACGUGAUUUGUUGACGAUUUUCGUUCUAUGUUUUGAAGAGAAAGGUUUUUUCAAAGAAGAGAAAUAAACGAGGUAAACGACAGGUAACGGUAACAGGAGGCAGAGAACGCAUUAUCGCAAAUCAGGGUGAAAGAGCUAGAACGGAAGCUUCAAAAACUGCCAAAAGACGUACAAAAGGGACACAAGGAUGUUAAAAGUAGUGGGAUUGGAGGAUAACCAGCGAUUUGCAUUGAUGAAAGAAGGCAAGUUUUGAACGGCAGUAAACUACCUUGAAUGAGCUCGGAGUGCAAAUAUAUCUAGGUCAAUGAAUUCAUCAUGGAACGGACUACACGUCCAUAUAAACAAAAACAUAUAGUUCCACUUAAAAAAGAAGAAGAAAAGAAUUUAAAGAAGCAAGUCACCUGGAAAUCUCGAAGUUUAGGCGGACAGUUCAAGAUAUUCUGAAACAACCGCAUCAUGACGAUAACUUUCUACUACGUUGGCUUCGAGCAAGAAAAUGGGAGCCAGCUGCUGCGGAGAAGAUGCUACGUGAGUCUAUGGAGUGGCGAAAACAAUGGGAAGUUGACAAAUUAACCGAAUGGGAUCCUCCUCAAAUUUUGAAUGACUAUCUACCUCACGGUUUAUGUGGUUUCGAUAAAGAUGGUGCCCCAGUGAUUGUAGUGUAUUUCGACGCAUUAGAUAUUUAUGGUAUUUUGCACGUAGUGUCGAGAAGGGAUAUGAUAAAGGUGACCAUAAAACGUCUCGAAGAAUACUUAAAAUUAUGUAGAGAACAAAUGUUAAAACACGGUCCAGCAGCUGGUCAGGUGGUCGUAAUUUUUGACAUGCAGGGUUUUAACUUGAAACAAUAUCUCUGGAGACCAGCUGGAGAAGUUGUUAUUACUUUAAUCCAAAUGUAUGAGGCUAAUUACCCAGAGAUUUUAAAGACCUGUUACAUAAUUAAUGCUCCAAAGGUAUUUGCUUUCGCAUUUUCGGUGGCGAAAAAGUUUAUGAACGAGUAUACCUUAUCAAAGAUUCAAAUAUACAAAUCGGAUCCUGCGAGAUGGCAGACAGCGAUAUUCAGUAACAUUGACAGAGAUCAAGUACCUGCUUUCCUUGGAGGCACCCUUAAAGAUCCUGAUGGCAACCCAAAGCUUGGUACCAAGAUUUGUCUUGGUGGCAAGGUCCCUAAAGAAAUGUAUGUAAAUAACACAGAGAAAGAUAAGGAGAACUUUACAACAGUUACAAUUAAGAAAGGUGGGAAACUAGAGCUUGAUAUCCCAGCGUCUGAAAUGGGAUCUCUGUUAAGCUGGGAAUUUCGUACUGAGAAUCAUGACAUUAAAUUUGGUAUUGUGAAGAAAGAUUAUAAUGGAACACAGAAAGAAGUGAUACCAAUGCGACGAGUGGCUGCCCAUCAAUUAGAUGAGAUUGGAAUUUUGACCUGUGAAGUACCUUCUACAUAUUCCAUUAUUUUUGAUAACACUUAUAGCAUAAUAAGAAAUAAAAAAAUCCAUUACUCCGUGAAAGUUAUACCACCAUCAGAAUCACAAGAAACAACACCAACAACUUUAUAAUUAAUGUACUUAGAAUAAUAAUAUAUUAUAGAAAAUAUUCUCUCUGAAAAAUACAUUCUAUACAGUGUAAUUAAUAUUAAAAGAAACCAAUGCUUUUAUGUUA